GUGAGAGCUAGCUUUCGUAUUAACAGAGGACAGCUCUCUCCCCAACAACAGCGGCGGCCAAUGGCUCGGAAUUGUGAAUUCUACCACAGUGGAUCUACUAAACAUUGUGGUCAUAGAAUUCGACCCCAAAAAAGUGAUUCCAAAGAUAUUGACGACAAUCAUGUUGGGGUUGAUAUCAAGGGCAUCUACUCAAGAAUGCAAGAACCCUUAAUUGGUCAUGGCGUUAAUCUUUCCGCCGGCCAAGAUAUCACUGCAACCAUUCAGCAUGAUGCAAAAUCUGACAAAGUUGCUGUUUUUGUGUUCUCAACCGGAACAGGGGAAGGGAAAUUCUACAAUCCAGUGUUGAAUGUCCCUCUUGAUCUCUCCACACAACAUCCGGCCGAUGUUUUGGUGGGGCUCCGGAUUUAACCGGAAGAAUGCAGGAUUGGAAGCUGUCAAAUCCUGGGAUUUCAACAGUUUUGAGAUAAGGGUUAAAAAUUCAAUCCCUUUCUUUGGCUUUGGAUUUUGAUUCCCGUUCUUUGUUUU